CUCCGCUAUAUCAGCCCAGCCUCACACUCCUUCUCACUUGCCGCUCGCCCUGCAAUGACAAGCUGGCUGUCGUCGCUAGCCAGAACCACCCGCCCUGUCCCUUCACUCUUCAGACACAAACACAGAGCCCCCCCACUUCCCUCCCCGAGCUUGAUCAAUCCCUCCAUCCGCCCAAUGUCUACCGCCGCAGAACGCAGAGACCCCAUCAAGCCGGCGGCGAGAGUCGCGCGCCAGAAUCAGGAUGUCUGGUCCAUCGUCAAUGAAGCUGCCGCCGCCUCUCCCAUUCAGCCUAUCGUGAACAUGGGCCAGGGGUUCUUUGGCUACAAUCCUCCUCAAUUCGUCAUUGAUGCUGCAAAAGCGUCACUGGAUAAAGUAGAAUGCAACCAAUACUCUCCCACAAAAGGCCGGCCACGACUAAAGAAGGCCAUUGCGAAUGCCUACUCACCUUUCUUCGGCCGUGAGAUAAACCCAGAGACGGAGGUUACCAUCACAACGGGUGCAAACGAGGGCAUGCUCUCCGCCUUCAUGGCCUUCCUCGAGGCCGGCGACGAAGUCAUCGUCUUCGAGCCCUUCUUCGACCAGUAUAUCUCCAACAUCGAGAUGCCCGGCGGCAAAGUUGUCUACGUCCCCAUGCAUCCACCCCCAAACGGCUCUACCACCACCUCCUCAGCCUCCGAGUGGAAGAUCGACAUGGAGCAAUUCGAAGCCGCCAUCACACCCCGCACACGCAUGGUCGUCCUCAACAGCCCACACAACCCCAUCGGCAAGGUCUUCUCGCGCGAGGAACUGCUAGCAGUGGGCGAGCUAUGCGUGAAACACGGCAUCAUCAUCCUCAGCGACGAGGUGUACGACCGCCUCUACUACGUCCCCUUCACGCGCGUCGCAACCCUCUCCCCCGAGAUCGACCGCCUCACCCUAACCGUCGGCUCCGGCGGGAAGAACUUCUACGCCACAGGCUGGCGCGUAGGCUGGCUAAUCGGCCCCGAGAAUCUCAUCAAAUACGUAUCCGCAGCCCACACCCGAAUCUGCUACAGCAGCGUCUCCCCAUUGCAAGAAGCCACCGCCGUCGGCUUCGAAGAGGCGGACAAGCACGACUUCUGGAACCAGAGCAAGCGGGAAAUGCGCGCGAAGAUGACCAAGUUCAACGCUGUGUGGGACGAGUUGGGGCUACCGUACUCCGACCCUGAAGGCGGCUACUUCGUCCUCGUGAAUAUGUCGCGCGUGAAACUGCCGGCCGACUACGACUUCCCGCCCCACGUCGCCUCGCGGCCGCGCGACUUCAAGCUCUCGUGGUUCUUGAUCAAGGAGCUCGGGGUUGCUGCUAUCCCGCCGACCGAGUUCUUCACGCCGCAGAACGCACAUAUCGUUGAGGACUGGCUACGGUUUGCGGUGUGCAAGGAGGAUAGUGUGCUCGAAAAUGCAAUGGAGAGGCUGAGGGGGUUGAAGAAGUAUAUCCAUGAUUAGGUAGAUUGUGGUGAUCUGCUUUCGGAUUUUGGCCCUGUCCUAAUGUGAACUGCGAUGGCUUUACCUCGACAACACCCCUGAAGGUAGGAAGCUGACAGUUGCUUAUGAGUAUCCCUUCAGUGUAUGCAUGAUAGAACAUAGAUCUGACUCUAAAUUUCUACCAAACAAAAUCAAACCAAAAUCAAGAAAACUGAAAAGCCAUCACG